GCACCUUGGUGGCCGUCCUGGCCAGUCAUACAGCAACCUUUCGAAUGGUCAGACGCUUGGUGGGCUUCUCUGCUGAACCUCACUCGUCUAUUCCUCACUGCCUCAACACUCACCUGUUAUAAUAUCUACCAACUUUAGAAGAGUAGUAGCGUGUAACGACCAUCAGUAGUUCUUACAACCAGUGGACGUGAACAACAUGAAUUGGCGCCCCGUGUGAUCUUAGAGAAAAUCUAUUGUGAGUGCACAGACAAAAACCUGUUCCACGUUUACAGAAGCAAAAUGUCUAAUUACACAAAACGUCAAUGGAUUACGUUAGUGGUGUUUAGUUUGGCUCAGUUCUGCAAUGCCGUGUGCGUGUCCCUGCAGGCACCUUUCUACCCGGCGGAAGCAGAGAAGAAGGGCGCCACUCCCUCCCAGUAUGGCCUUGUCUUUGGCAUCUUUGAGCUGACAGUGUUUUUGGUAAGCCCCAUUUAUGGGAGGUACAUGAGUAAAUGGGGCCCCAAAUUCAUCAACAACGCUGGCAUCUUCACUGUGUCGGUCAUGUGCAUCCUGUUCGGUUUCCUUGACCGGAUGAACGACACCGCCACCUUCAUCGGCUUUUCAUUUGCCGUCAGAAUCGUGGAAGCGUUGGGUAAUGCAGCUUUUGUGACCUCCGCCUUCAGUAUCAUCGCCAAUGAGUUCCCCAAAAAUGUAGGUUCUGCCUUCGCCACCAUGGAGACCUUCUUCGGUGUGGGGCUGAUCGUGGGGCCGACGGUGGGUGGGGCACUGUAUGAGCUGGGGGGAUACACUCUCCCCUUCGUCUCACUCGGCGUCGUCCUCCUCCUGGCUGCCAUCCUUACCAGUUGCCUCCUGCCCUCCAACGGGGCUGAGGCCAGUCCUGACUCCCAGAUCACCAGUAGACAAUUUUUAUCAGCUCUACGCCUUCCAUCCAUAAUUCUAUCGUGUUUUGCAUUGUUAUCAGCCUCCAUCAGCAUCGGAUUCAUGCAAGCUACUCUGGAACCCCAUCUACGUCCGCUGAAGCUCACGCCCUUGAAGGUUGGACUCAUGUUCGUGCUGAGCGGUUCAAUGUACGCGUUGACAGCACCUUUCUGGGGGUGGUUGUGUGACAAGUGGGUGAAGCCGCGCUUUAUCACCACACUAGGAGCUCUCUUGGUGGUGGUCGCAUUUAUAUUCGUAGGACCGAUGCCUUUCCUGCCAUUAGAGACAACUAUACGACUGUGUAUCGGCGCCCUCAUAAUACACGGCAUCGGGUUUGGAGCAGUUUUGGUGUCGACCUUUACUGGCGCCCAUCGUGAUGUUAUAUCUAAUGGUUUCCCAGAUGACCUGAGCACAUACGGCCUGGUGUCGGGGAUCUGGACCUCCACAUUUGCCCUCGGGUGCUUCAUCGGGCCCUCCGUCGGUGGCGUGCUCCUCGACUAUUUCGGCUUCAAGUGGGCGUCCGUGUUCGUGGCGGCGCUGCAUGUCUUAGUGGUGCUGUCUUUAGGAGUCUAUAUAUGCUGUAAGGGAAGUGACAGAGACAUGACGUAUACAAACAUACAUGAAUGUUUGUCUCAGGCAAAGGACGAGCGGCACACACUCCUCACUCAUCCUAACGGCGACUGCGACUCCACCUACGGGAGCGCGGGUUCAUCUCAAGAGAACUUGCCCAGCAUCCCUUGAGUGACCUCCAGUUUGGCCUGAGAUCUUGCUGCUCGUCGUUAAGGCGUUUCUCACCUCAGAUGUUGAUAUAUUGUCAGUUGUCUACCGAGGAGAGUCGAACAUUUUAUCCUUCCAGCAAAUGUAUAGAAGACAUCCUUAAUGCUGACCUGGUGGGGAAGGCGUCUAAUGGUGGUAUCCCGCGUCCAGAUAAUGUGGCAACAAUGUCGUCUAAGCCAGUGGGUGGGGGGGGGGGGUCCCCGACCUGUGUGUAAGAUCCCCCUGUGGCCGGACCCAGUGGUGCAGUGCCAGAUAGUGACUGAUAAGGGAUGCCUUGUGAUGGUAAACUGUGUACAUUGGGGUGGGCUCGCCGUUACGGAUGACAUAAUUAUAAGGUAUAAACAUAUGUUCCUCUCAUUUCGACGUCAUCUUGAAAGUCUGUGAUAUGUGUCGUCAUAGUCAUCAUAAUCCUGAUAAUGAUAAUGAUUCCAUGACAUUUACCUGUGUAUGUUUCUGAUGUGCAAUAUUUUAUGAUUUCUUAUAUUAACAUAAUUACUUGUGAAGAGCAACCAAUAUAACUUAUAAUACUUUGUAAUAAUAAAACUAUGUUCGAAAA